UAGAAUUCUACGCUAUGUAUCAAUAAGUGCAGGACAGGAUGAUAACUAACAAUACUUACGGAGGCUACGUUAUGAAGACGGAGUUUUAGGAAAUUACGUGGAUUUCCGGCUUGAACACGUGAAGCAGAUAAACAAUACCAUGCCUUCCGCCAGCCCAUCGCAAUAUAUAUGCAGCCUUAUCGAGGAAAUGGACCACAACGUUCUUCAGCCCCCCUUUCUAAUGGAGGAGACAACAGAUUCCCCAAGCGACUGCCGACGUGGUGGAUACCCACAAAAUGCUCUGGACAUUGAGGAAAUUCUGUGUGACUAUAACACCGAGUCGGAGUUAGUGAGACAAGGAAACUGUUAUCAAAACUCUACAGGAAGUAUUCCCAAUUUCCAUUCAUGGAGCUAUUCUCAACUUCCUCAACGAAACAUCAAUAUGACAAACAGUGCUCCUAAUACCAACAUACCAAGUGCUCAGUCAAAUUAUGGAAACAAUGGAUAUGGACCUGUUCUUGAUACAUCAAAACAAGAUACGAAUUGUUGUGUGAACUAUCAGAAUAAAUCCUUUCACUUUGAUAGAAAUCCCAGCAACACAUCCCAACUUUGUUCACAAUACGACCAGCGGCUACAAACGGGGGACCACAAAAUAGAACAAGAAUGUUCAACAUGGAAUGGAAAAUCUCCUGAAAGUUGGAAUGCAAAACAAGUGCUGGAUUGGUUAUUUGACGCAGCAGAGAAGCAGCAGUUAGAUUGUUCAUUACUGCACGCGGAGAACUUCAGGGGUGUAUCGGGAGCAGACCUGAGUAAAAUGGGCAUAGACGAAUUUCUACAGUUAGAGCCAAACUUUGGCGGACUUUUCUAUGAUCUGUUCAGAAAACAGCACGAUGGAAUGAGUUACAAACCACGCCUGGACACAAGUACGCCUAUGACAGACGGAACAGAUGACUCUUGUUCCUCCCCUCUAAGUCUUUCUUCUUCCCCUCCACACUUCCAAAUGGAAAACGUGUCACGAAGUUAUGACAAUUUACCAGAUUACCAGUCGUGUAAUGAUCUCGGGAAGUUAGAAAGACCAGAGAGUAUGUUUUACGAGCAGUCUCACCAGCAGCCUCACCAACAGCCCUACACAUGUCCUAGACUUCCGCUGCCCCAUCAUAUGCAGGCAAGACAUUCAUUUCCUGGAGCGACACCUCCGGUAUGUAACAUGAACGAACGGCAAUGUAUGUAUCAGCCAUACUGUUCUACACCCCAAGGGGUCAGUCAGUGUUCUCUGCCAUGCGAGCUGACAUCAACACCCAUUCCGAGACGGCGGCCAGGUAGACCAAGGAUAAAAAGCCUACCCACAGAUGAAGAAGCACAAAAAGAGAAGAAAACCAAGAAUCAGCACCUGUGGGAGUUUAUUUACGAGAUUCUGAUGAACCCGCUGUACAACCCGCAGUAUUUACGUUGGGAGAACCACAGGGAAGGCGUGUUCCGGUUCGUACAAUCCGAGGCGGUAGCACAGCUGUGGGGCAGUUUGAAAAACAACGAAAAUAUGACAUACGAGAAACUGAGCAGAGCAAUGAGACACUACUACAAACGAGGUAUCUUAGAGAGGGUGGAGGGGCGAAGACUAGUGUACAAGUUUACCAGCCUGGCAAUGGAAAGGGUCCGAGAAAAGAAGUUAUCGGUGUAACGAUGUCGACAUUGUUUGUCUCAAAAACACAUCGUCACAACUCGUGGAAAGGACGUCAUCAUAUUCUUGUGUGUGGAGGAAAACAUUUCUUUGAAAUUGAAGAGAAACAGAAUAUGACACGCAUAAAUGUGUUGGAGUUAAAGAGUUUUCAAUUUGUGGAAUUCCACUGAUGUGUAAGGUACGACUAUGUAUCAGUAUUUCAUUAUGUUCACAUGUUUUGUGAAACUAGAAUCUCUUUGUGGCUAUAUAACACUGUCAGUGUAGCUGUUAUAGCUGAACGGACGCUCUAUCUUCUUCACUUUGGGUCGCGUAAAAAUUGGAGCCAUUUUGAAAGACAUUUUUUAUUUAUCUAAAUACUGAAUUUACUUGAGCAUUGAACUGCUUUCAGUUGACAGUCAUAGAUAAUAUGAAUACCAACUGGACAAAGGCUAAUUCGAUGAACGCGCUAGCGCUUUAUGUUGGAUUUGCCUUUGUUUACUUGGAAUGUACAUUGCCUUUGAAUGCCAACUGAAAGCAGUUCAAUACUUAUAUCUACCAUUUUUGCAAUCUGUUCAUCUAAUAGAAAAUCAAUUACACGUAUUAUUAUUCAGCAAUUAGUUCAAAUAAUGUAUGUAUCGCGUAUGCUUGUUCAAUGAAUAGCCAAGGUAGUGUCAGUGGUAUCCAACGGAACAAUUAUGACGUCAUAAUUAUGAUGACGUCAACAAUCGGUCCAUGACAUUCAGAAAUGCCAACUGAUGGUAAAUAUAACAAAAUUACGAAGCAGUAUUUUUAUAAAAUUCAAAAUAACUUUACAAGUCAAGAAUUGCAAUGAUGCGGUAGGUCAGCUGCUGGAUGUUUAAAACUACACAAUGCUUACAAAUAUUUGUUGACCUUUGUAUUGAUAUUUGUACAUAUUUAGCAAUCACCUUUGAAAACAUUUUGGAAUUAAAGUAUGGAAUAUUAGAAUCUCAAGAAACUUUGAAAGGAAGUAGUGAUAUAUUAUAUGUGGGCAAUGUUAGAUUGAAAGAAUGCGUGUAACGAUCAAUGUUUUGAAAGGUUGUGUUUGAAAGCGAGGAAAGACAUAUUUUUUCAACUUCUUUGAAUGAAUCUAAUACCAAGGAAUAUCUUAAGGAGUUAAAAGAUGUGUGGACUUCUUGUUGAGAUUCUAUGGUAAGAGAAUGACUUAUCGUAAAAUAAGAAGUCAAAUGAACGUAUAAAUAAUUUAUUGCUAUAUGUUUUCUCUAUGAGAUAGGGUAACUCGAUGUUAUAUAUAUAUAUGUUUGUUGGUAUGUUUUGUUUUUAAAGUCAUACAAUGACGCUAAUGUUAUCUCAGUCUGACCGAAGUGGUCAAAACGGGAUGUUAUCUCCGCCUGACCGAAGUGGUCAAAACCGGAUUUGAUAAAUAAGAAGUAAACACUUUGUUUUCACGUGUACCAUAUGUAUACAUGUAUAUCGCAAACCAUGUAGGUAUUAUUCGCUACUACUUGCAUUCUCAUUUGAGGAAACGCUAUUUGAUUAAUGUUAGUUAUCAUCUAUGGUAUUGGUAUUCAUGGAAGUUCUAAAUGUCUUAGAUUUGGGUAAGGCUUCAAUUUUUUAUAUAAAUUCCGAAAUAAAACUUGACAAAUAGAGAUCAUACGGAAAAAAUUGUGUUAGAUAUUUUAUUAUAUUUUAUUGCAUUUAGUAAAUAUUUAACUGAGUUAUAAUAAGCAUUCGAAGAGAUUGAUCCCGGCUAUGCUUUCUAGAAAAAUAAGAUGUACGAACUAAUUAUCGAACGGACGAUAUUUUUAAAUGAUAAAUGCAGGUUUGUCCCCUUAAAUCAAUACAAUUUUUAAAUGUAGAUGAAAAGAGUAUUUCUAUAAAUCGUGACCGGUAUUCGUGAUCUCAGUUCUAUAAUUGGAAUGGCAGGAAUAUUAAUGUCCUUACCUGGACGUAGAGACGUAGAGAACAUUAUCACCGUUAUACUUUUUUCCGUAUUGGUACCUUACAGUACGGACACGUGAUCAUAAUGAUAAUUCACAAUUGAAAUAUCUGUACAGUGUAAAAAAAAAACAAAUUAAAUGAAUAAUAAAGUCAUAUCAAAUACGGCAAAAGCAAAAAAUCCAAACCAAAGGUACCAAUCUAAAUGAGUUCAUAAAAAUUUGAUAGUUGAACAUUAUUUUGGAAGAUAUUUAAAUUAUAAAACAGCAUGUCACAAUCUGACUAACAUAAUUCGACAAUCAGAAUAGUAGUACUGUAGGCGAGUAUAGGAUAGUGCUAAGUUAAUUAUUGGUACACGUGUACCGAACAUUUUGUUUGAAUAUAUCCAAGCUGUUAGGCUGAUGAGCUGUUGGUAUGGCUCAGCAUUACAUGUAUACCAUUCCCAUUGAUAUCGUGUUCGGGGUACUAAAUAUUAAACAUGUUUUACCAUUUUUGAUUGACGUUAUAUUAUUAAAAAAAGUUUCAGUAUUCCGAAACAUUUUUUUCUCUUAUCUUAUUUCCCGUGCUCGUGUAUAUUUACAGAAGUUUAUUGUUAAUAACAGAUUUGACAUUUGUAAUUGAAUGUUUCAAAUUUUGACGUGUCUUUUUAUGUCUCGGUGGAACCUCAUUUAAAAAUUAAAUUAAAAUAUGCUACUCUUUGUUGAUUAAAGUGUUCCCUCUUGUAAAAUGACCAACUUCUUUCAUGACACCGUAGCCUGAGUUAUGAAUGACGACGGGGUUGUCACAAGCGUAAUGCUACAAACAGUGGUUACAUUGUAUGUCUAUUUUUUCUGAAACUCUUAAGAAAUUCAUCCCUUAUUAUAUAUUUUAUAUAUUCUUAUUGAGACAUUUUGUUGUUGUUAAGAUGAUUGUAUGAUACAAUGGAAAUAAAGCAUAAAAAUCGA